AUUGCAGUUCAUUGAAUUCGAGUAAUCAGUUGUGAUCGGACUGCUAUCGAGUGUGGACGUGUUGAAGAUUCAUACGCGUGUGCCCAGGUGUCAUGAAAGUUUCUUCGGGUUAAACCAUCUUCUUCGGGUCGCGUGGCAGCUACUAAUUACAACAGUUCUAACAUAAGGCGUCUAAAAGGGCCCACGCGUGGCGUCUUGCUCCAGUGAAUCGUGAAAAUACGCCAGAACCGGGGGUCUACACCAUCGGGGGUGUACUCGAACUUAAUCCAGAGCUUCCUUUUAGUCUUCUUCAACGGAAGUUUUAAUCCCUUGUCAUUUUAACAUUCGUAAACUUCCGAAGCUAGUUUUCUGUUCAUAAGAAAGUUAAAGAAUGUCUCCUAUCAAGAUUUUCUUUCCCAAAUCCUUCUAAGAAAUAUCUGAGUGAUUCUCAAGUUAAAAAGUGGUUUCAAAUUGACGUAGACAUUUAUUUUGUUCAGUUUCAUUAUGGCAGGGUUCAAGAGAAUGCAGAGUAAAGUUUUCUGGGGCCAAAUGGCAGCUCAAGACAUUGAACAUAUUCCUCUGAUAUGUAGAAAUACGAAUAGUGUUGAUUCAAGAUUAAUUCAAAGUGCUUAUUGUAAUUUUGGUCGUGAAAGUGAUACUGAUGUUGAGAAACAUAGUGACAGUAGUUCAUCUGGUGCAGAUAUGCAGAGUGAAGUGGAUGCCAAUUGUAAUAUUACUGCUGUAAAGUUACAAAUAACUUAUGGAAAUGAUAAUAAUUUAGAUGAUCACACGAAGGUACAAGUUGAUGAUACAGUCGAAGAGUGUAAUGAGCUAGAAAAUAAUAACGACACUAAAAAGUUUCCAAGAGAUGUUGAAGAUGUUGGUGAUAAUUUAGAAGUUGAUGAAAGCCCUGAAGAACAUGAACAAGACAUUGAAGAGUACCAGGAUAGUGUACCUAGUUUAGGAUUACAAUUUUUUAAUCCUGAUCAAGAACAUGGAAGUUUAGAUUCUGGAUUCUCUGAUUCAGAGACUUCCAAGUGUGGAGGAAAUGUUGAUAACGCUAUGAGAAAAAGGAAGAAGAGGAGAAAGAAAUCAAGAGAUUAUACAAGAGUUCAUGGGAGAUUAAGUUUUUUAUGGAACAGCCAUGAAAUACCACCAAACCCUGCACAUACGUCCACUCCAAAAUUAACAAGGGAUUGUCAGGUGUUUCAAUCACGACAAAAUGCCCAGCACGAAGGAGAUUGUGAUAAAAAUAUUGAGGGAGAAACCCUAAAAAUCAAUAGGGUUGAGGAUAAUCAAGGAUUGAUACCAGAUAGCUAUCAUGAUCAAUUGCAGAUUGAAGAAGACAAAUUAGAAAGUUACUUGUACACAACAGAACCUCCUGAAGAUGAAAUACCAACAACGCCAUUCCAAUCGACAUCUGAGGGUUCCACACCAUCUGUUGCUGGUCAUUGGUAUACCAGAAUGUCAAAUGAAUCGUCAUUGGAAACUAAUAGUAAACUUAAUGAAAAGAAUUAUCGGGCAAAUUUAGAAAAAUCCUACCAAGCUUCUGUAAAAGCUUGGCUUGCAGACAUUGAAAAAGACGUCGAUUAUGAAUGUGUUAUUACACUUCAAAGUAAGACUUUACCUCGAAGAAGUCGGAUGAUAAAUCAAUCUGAAGAAGCACAAAACCGAGAUUUAAGAAUGUUGACUGCUUCAGCUACUGCAGCUGCUACCCAAUUAAUUAUUCGAGCCGAAGGGUUCAAUCGCCAUCUUCAGGAAGUUGUAGAAAAAAUUUCUUCUUUGGAAAAUUCACGAUCGGAACGAGAACUAUUACGGGGAAUUGAAGAAGAAGCUUUUUCAAUUUUAUCUGAAUUAGGAGCACCACCACCUCGAAGAAUUCAUGAUGGUAGUUUAAAAUCGAUUUUAAGUCAAUUGAGAUCAUUAAAUGAUGUUGUUGAUAGUGCAUUGGACACUAGACUAGAUUUUUAUAUUGAGAGAGUUGUAAGAGGACUAGAAGAUGCUCCAAGAGAAACAGGUAGUGCAGCACGUGGGGCUUUGGCAGCUUUAACAGCUCUAGGAUUAGCAGGAGCUCGAGCAGGCAAUAGUAUUGCACGUUGUUCAGGAGUUCGAGCUCUGCUAACUUCUCUGAUCUCUGCAAGCCGAUUAUCAUCAGAAUUACGAGCUGCAAGCCUUCGAGCUUUAUCUAGCGUAUGUUGUUGUGCCCUUUCCAUCAGUCAUUUUGUAAAAGAAGGAGGUCCAGAGAUUUUAGUAGAACUUUUGACAUCACCAACAACCCCAGAGCGUGAAAAAAUCGAAGCUACGGCAUUAGUAGUUCAAAUAACAGCACCAUGGACUGAAGCUCGAGGUCUGAAAUACUUGGAACCUUUUGCAAAUCUCUUGGUUGAUACUUUGACUCAUUUAGCAGAGUCUACCACAUGUAGUCAGACUCUAUUACUCUCUGCAGCGGCUUUAAAUAAUCUUGCGGAAUCUACAAAAUGUAUUCAAGCCAUUGUUCGAUUUGAAACUGUUCGAAAAUUGCUUCGAUGUGUUAAGAAAGCUCCAGGAGGUAAUAUUUGGCUAAUGGAACAAGUUGCAUCACUCAUAGGAAAGUUAGCCAAAUUUCCCAAAAUUAGAAAACAUUUAGCUCAAGCUAGAGCUUCAGUUGCUCUCAUUUGUUUCCUCCGAAUGGCACCUCCAGGUUUGGAGGAUGCUUAUGAACGGCUUUCAACUACUUCUGCUACGGCCUUAACACGACUCUGUGUUGAACCCGAAAUCGCUCGUCAGGUUGUUGCUAUUGGUGGUGCUGAUUGCCUUCCGAACUAUGAAAAUAAUAAUAGAGAUAAUCCUGAUGAUCGAUUUGGACAAUUUCAGUAUACUAAAAGUUUAAGAAUUGCUUGCAGAAAAGCAGCUCAACAAAUCGGUGAAGCCAAGGCUUGUGAUUAUUCUAUUGAAUAAAAAAAAUAAAUUCGUUUAAUGGUUUUAUUAAAAAGAUAUUUUAAUUUCAUUUUUACAUAUAAAUUAUCAAAGUUAAGUGUUAAAAAUAUAAUAUUUUUAUAAUAUUAUAUGACAUAAGAAA